GGAAAUUACCAUCGAAUUUGAAUGAUACCGAUAGAAAUGCCGGGUUUCUAGAAUUAGUUGAAGGCCAAAGUAUUAAUAAUGAUAAUGACCUAAUUGAAGUAGAGGAAGAUUUUGGUUCAGAAAUUAAAAGUCCAAGUAAGAAGAAUAAUCAGCAUGUUGCUGAGGAAGGAAAGAGAAUAAUAAAAAAGACAGAUGCGGUGCCGGACCAACAUUUUAAAGAAAUGAAACAAGAAAGUUUGCUGAGCAAAGCUUGGCCGCGGGCCAUAAGAAGACUAUUCGAAUAUGAUCAAAAAGAAUUUAUCACUAUUAGGGAGGAAAUUGAAUCACGUGUAGUUACUCUUUGGUUGGCGAAUAAUAGAGGAUGGAAGUUAGCAUUACAAGUGGUUGGAGGAAAUAACAAGAUGAUGCAAAAAUAUAAAGACCAAAUUGGAAUAUCACAAAUUAAAAGAAAGUAUAGGGAAGAGUUUACGUCUACUUCUUCAGAAUCGAAAUCGGAGGAAAGAAAGUCAGUUUCUUAUAAUAAAAAUAAGAAAAGAAGAAAUGGAUACUAUUCCUUUUGCAACAAAAGGCCGCAUGAAUCAAACGGAUUAUUGAAGUCAAUUAAAGAUCCUGACUCAAACAAGAUGAUUGACAACACUCAGAGGAUAGUGCAAACAAAAUUGAGCUUGAAAGAGGUUGAUGUAAAGCAAUUGGUAGUGGGAAGGAUUCAUCAAAUUUCAUCUUAG